AUGUCGAUAGAGUUACGGUCCGCAACGCCGCUGAGCCUCGAGACAGCGCUUGCGCGCGCGGGCAAGCCGCCUGGCCAGAGUCAGCAGCAGCAGCAGCAGACAGACGACAGCCGCACAACGACACGGCCGCCGUCUCCAUUGGAAGAAGAGAGUGGCCCAGACGGCAGCGUAGACGACGGCAGCCACGGCCGGCACGAGUUUUCGCUGCCGCCGACCGACACGGGCAAGGAUGCGUGGUUGUUUCUGCUGGCGAGCUUCAUGAUGGAGGCGUUUGUCUGGGGAUUCCCGUUUUCGUUUGGUGUUUUCCAAAGCUACUACUCUACGCAUGAGCCCUUUGCGGGCUCGUCCCAGAUUGCCGUCAUCGGCACCUGCGCCCUGGGCAUCAUGUACUUGGACAUCCCGCUCGUGAUGGCGCUGCUCCGGCUGUAUCCCAAGCAGGCGCGGUACGCGCCCGCGGGCGGCAUCGUGGUCAUGUGCGCGGCGCUGGGUCUCAGCUCGCUCUCGCAGACGACGACGCAGCUGAUGGCGACGCAGGGCGUGCUGUACGCGCUCGGCGGGUCCGUCACCUACUGCCCGUGCAUCCUCUACAUGGACGAGUGGUUCGUGCGACGCAAGGGCCUCGCCUACGGCAUCAUGUGGUCCGGGACGGGCCUCGGCGGCAUCGCCACGCCGCUGCUGCUCGAGUUCUUGCUCGGCCGCUACGGGUUCCGCGUCGCGCUGCGCGUCUGGGCCGCCGCGCUGUUUGCCGGCACCCUCCCGCUCGUGUACUUUAUGAAGCCGCGGCUGCCGGCGCCCGCCGCGGGGCGCCGCAGCAUCAAUCUCGGCUUCGUCUUUCAGCGCACGUUUCUGCUGCACCAGGCGGCCAAUGUUGUCGAGGCGCUGGGGUACUUUGUGCCGGGCAUCUACCUGCCGUCGUACGCGCGGACGGUGCUGGGCGCGAGCGGGCUGGAGGCUGCGCUGACGCUGCUGGUGGUCAAUGGCGCAGCCGUGGUCGGCUGCGUGGCCAUGGGCUGGCUGACGGACCGGCGGCCGGUGACGACGUGCAUCCUCGUGUCGACGGGGGGCACGGCGGCGGCCGUCUUCUUGCUUUGGGGGCUGGGGCGCGGACUGGCGGUGCUGUACGCGUUUUGCGUGCUGUACGGGCUGUUUGCGGGCGCGUACACGUCCACCUGGCCGGGCAUCAUGCGGCAGGUGACGGCGCCGAGCGGCGAGGACGGUGCAGAGGGAAGGGCAUUUGAUCCCAUCAUGGUGUGUGGCUUUCUGGCCAUGGGGAGAGGCAUCGGGAACGUGGUGUCGGGGCCGUUGAGCGAGGCGCUGAUGGCAAAUAUGCCGUGGAAAGGCGAGGCCGCGGCUGGGUUUGGAAGUGGUUACGGGACAUUGAUUGCGUUUACAGGGACGACGGCGGUGAUGGGCGGAGGGAGCUAUUUGUUUAGAAGAGUAGGAUGGAUGCCAGCGUAG